GCUCUAACGGCGCAUCAGAGCAAGCGGCUCACGGCAGCGAGUCCACAAGCCAGCUAACUGACGUUUAACCAGCAUUUUCAGGAACAUCAUUUUAUCUGCUGGGGAACGGGAUUGUUUAUAUCGAAAUAUUGUCCGGAGGUGGACAACUAGCGGUCGAUUGAGGAAGAGAACCAGCAGAAGACCCCAACCUGCCACAUCCCUGUGGGAGGCCUUCUCCCAUUUCCAGAAGAUUCCACCAGGUUUAUCAGUGACACAGACACACAAGAGCAGUCAUGGUGGCGCUAUCACUAAAGAUCGGCGUGGGAAAUGUGGUUAAAACAAUGCAGUUUGAGCCCUCCACCAUGGUGUACGACGCCUGUCGCAUCAUCCGGGAGAGAGUUCCUGAAGCACAGCUCGGCCAGCCCAACGACUAUGGCCUGUUCCUGUCAGAUGAGGACCCAAAGAAAGGCAUUUGGCUGGAAGCAGGAAAAGCCCUGGACUACUACAUGCUGAGAAAUGGGGACACACUUGAAUACAAGAAGAAACAGAGGCCACUCAAGAUCCGCAUGUUGGACGGGACAGUGAAAACAGUCAUGGUGGAUGACUCCAAAAUCGUCACCGACUUGCUCAUGACCAUCUGUGCCAGAAUAGGCAUUACAAAUCAUGAUGAAUACUCCCUGGUGCGUGAUAUCGGUGAGGAGAAGAAGGAGGAGACCACAGGGACACUGAAGAGAGACAAAACCCUCCUGAGGGACGACAAAAAGAUGGAGAAACUCAAGCAGAAGCUCCACACCGACGAUGAGUUGAACUGGCUGGACCAUGGGCGAACGCUGCGUGAGCAGGGGGUGGAGGAGACGGAGAUGCUGCUCCUCAGGAGGAAGUUCUUCUACUCUGACCAGAAUGUAGACUCCAGAGACCCAGUUCAGCUCAACCUGCUCUAUGUACAGGCACGAGACGACAUUCUGAACGGAUCCCACCCUGUCUCUUUUGACAAAGCCUGCGAGUUUGCUGGUUACCAGUGUCAAAUCCAGUUUGGUGACCACAACGAGUCCAAACACAAACCAGGAUUCCUUGAUUUGAAAGAGUUUUUACCCAAAGAGUACGUGAAAAACAAAGGAGAGAAGAAGAUUUUCCAGGCACACAAGAACUGCCAAAAUAUGACUGAGAUCGAAGCCAAAGUCAGCUACGUCAAACUGGCCCGCUCUCUCAAAACCUACGGAGUGUCUUUCUUCCUAGUAAAGGAAAAAAUGAAAGGAAAAAACAAGCUGGUCCCUCGCCUGCUGGGCAUCACCAAAGAGAGUGUGAUGAGGGUGGACGAGAAGACCAAGGAGGUGAUGCAGGAGUGGAGUCUGACCAAUAUCAAGCGCUGGGCUGCUAGCCCUAAAAGCUUCACUCUAGACUUUGGAGAUUAUCAGGAUGGCUACUACUCAGUCCAGACCACUGAAGGAGAACAGAUCGCACAGCUGAUUGCUGGGUACAUCGACAUCAUCCUCAAAAAGAAAAAGAGCAAAGACCACUUUGGCUUGGAGGGGGAUGAGGAGUCGACCAUGCUGGAGGAUUCUGUUUCACCUAAAAAAUCGACAGUGCUGCAGCAGCAGUUUAAUAAGGUGGAGAGGGUGGAGACAGGCUCUGUGGCCCUACCUGUCAUCAUGCGCCCAGGUGCAGGAGGUCCAGAGUGCAUCUAUACAGGCUCCAUGCCUAAGGCCAAGCAGCAAAUCACCACUGGCCAAAUGCACACUGGGCACAUGCCACCGCUGACCUCAGCUCAACAGGCUCUGACCGGCACCAUUAACUCCAGUAUGCAGGCAGUGCAGGCAGCCCAGGCCUCUUUGACUGACUUUGACUCUCUACCACCACUGGGCACUGAUGCGGCCUCUCAAGCCUGGAGGAAGAACAAGAUGGAUGAGUCCAAACAUGAAAUUCACUCUCAGGUGGAUGCUAUUACUGCAGGAACAGCAUCUAUGGUUAAUCUCACUGCAGGGGAUCCAGCGGAGACGGACUAUACAGCCGUGGGCUGCGCAGUGACCACUAUCUCCUCCAACCUGACUGAAAUGUCCAAGGGUGUAAAGUUGCUGGCGGCUCUGAUGGAGGACGAGGGUGGAAAUGGACAGCAGCUCCUGGGUGCUGCCCGUAACCUGGCCUGUGCUGUGUCGGACAUGCUAAAGACCGCUCAACCUGCCAGCGCUGAGCCUCGCCAGAACCUCCUACAGGCUGCAGGUAACGUGGGCCAGGCCAGCGGAGAGCUGCUGCAGCAGAUAGGAGAGAGUGACGCUGACCAGCAGUUCCAGUCCUUAGGCAGAGGAUCAUUCAGACACACGAGACGGAUUCAUCAUUAUAGUCAAAUGCUGGACAUGCUGAUGAAGCUGGCUAAAGCUGUAGCUACAGCAGCAGCAACUCUGGUCCUGAAGGCAAAGAACGUGGCUCAGAAGACAGAAGACUCAGCUCAGCAAAACCGGGUCAUCGCUGCUGCCACACAGUGUGCCCUGUCCACCUCUCAGCUGGUGGCAUGCACACGGGUGGUGGCUCCUACCAUCAGUUCCCCAGUAUGUCAGGAGCAGCUGAUUGAGGCAGGAAAACUGGUGGCUAAAUCAGUUGAAGGCUGUGUGGAGGCGUCACAGGGAGCCACCAAUGAUGAGCAGCUGCUAAAGCAAGUGGGCGUGGCUGCCACAGGUGUCACCCAGGCUCUUAACGAGCUGCUGCAGCACAUUAAGCAGUAUGCCAGCGGAGGUCAGCCAAUCGGGCGCCACGGAGAGGCCACAGACCGCAUCCUGGAUGUAACCGAGAACAUCUUCAGCUCCAUGGGAGAUGCAGGUGAGAUGGUCCGACAGGCACGGAUCCUGGCCCAGGCCACAUCUGAUCUGGUCAACGCUAUUAAAGCAGAUGCGGAGGGAGAGACAGACCUAGAGAACUCCCGUAAACUGCUCUCGGCUGCGAAGCUUCUGGCCGAUGCCACCGCCAAGAUGGUGGAGGCAGCCAAGGGUGCUGCUGCCAACCCUGACAGUGAGGAGCAGCAGCAGAAGUUGCGUGAGGCUGCUGAGGGUCUGCGCAUGGCCACCAAUGCAGCAGCACAGAACGCCAUCAAAAAGAGGCUGGUCAACAAGCUGGAGAACGCUGCAAAACAAGCCGCCGCAUCCGCGACUCAGAUCAUAGCUGCCGCCCAGCACGCUGCCUCGUCAAACAAGAACCCGGCUGCACAACAGCAACUUGUUCAGAGCUGCAAGGUGGUGGCAGACCAGAUCCCCCAGCUGGUGCAGGGAGUGAGAGGCAGCCAGGCGCAGCCUGACAGUCCCAGUGCUCAGCUUGCCCUAAUUGGAGCCAGCCAGAACUUCCUGCAGCCUGGAGCCAAGAUGGUGACUGCAGCCAAGGCUACAGUGCCCACUAUUAGUGACCAGGCCUCUGCCAUGCAGCUCAGCCAGUGUGCCAAAAAUCUGGCCAGUGCAUUGGCUGAACUUCGCACGGCCGCUCAAAAGGCUCAGGAGGCAUGUGGUCCUCUGGAGAUUGAUAAUGCUCUGAAUAUGAUAAGAGGGUUAGAGAAAGACAUGCAGGAGGCUAAAGCCUCAGCAGCUGAAGGAAAACUCCGACCUCUUCCUGGAGAAACGCUGGAGAAGUGCUCUCAGGACCUGGGCUCCAACACCAAGGCAGUGAGCUCCGCUGUUGCCCAGUUACUGAGUGAAGCUACACAGGGCAAUGAGAAUUACACUGGCAUGGCCGCACGUGAUGUGGCCCAGGCUCUCCGCUCUCUGGCCUCUGCAGCCCGUGGAGUGGCUGCGACCACAGACGACCCACAGGCGUGCAAUGCCAUGCUGGACUGCGCUGGAGAUGUCCUCGACAAAUCGGGCAACCUAGUCGAAGAGACCAAAAGAGCUAUUGCCAAACCUGGAGACCCAGACAGCCAGCAGCGACUUGCCCAGGUGGCCAAGGCUGUGUCUCAGGCUCUGAACCGAUGUGUUAACUGCCUUCCUGGACAGAGAGAUGUGGAUAAUGCCAUUAGGACUGUGGGAGAGGCCAGCAAAAAGCUGCUUUCUGAUCAGUUCCCAGCUAGUGGGAAGAGCUUCCAGGAAGCUCAGGCGAACCUGAACCAGGCGGCCGCCGGCCUCAACCAGUCAGCCAAUGAGCUGGUGCAGGCAUCUCGUGGAACCACGCAGGACCUGGCCAAGGCAUCGGGCAAGUUCGGCCAAGACUUCAGCCACUUCCUGGAGGCUGGAGUGGACAUGGCUGGUCAAUCCCAGUCUAAAGAAGACCAGACUCAGGUGGUGACCAACCUGAAGACCAUUUCUAUGUCAUCCAGCAAGCUGCUGUUGGCAGCCAAGGCUCUGUCUACUGACCCCAAUUCCCCCAACCUGAAGAACCAGUUGGCUGCUGCUGCACGUGCCGUGACUGACAGCAUCAACCAGCUGAUCACCAUGUGUACACAGCAAGCACCGGGUCAGAAGGAAUGUGACAACGCACUGAGGGAGCUCGAGACGGUGCGGGGCAUGCUGGAGAACCCGACCGAGGCAGUGAACGACAUGGGCUACUUUGACUGCAUCGACAGUGUGAUGGAGAACUCCAAGGUUUUGGGUGAAGCUAUGGCAGGCAUCUCACACAAUGCAAAGAACAGUAACCUGCCUGAGUUUGGAGAUGCAGUCAGCUCUGCCUCCAAAGCCCUGUGCGGCCUCACCGAAGCUGCUGCUCAGGGUGCAUAUCUGGUGGGUGUGUCUGACCCGAACAGCCAUGCAGGACAAAAGGGUUUGGUGGAUCCGUCUCAGUUUGCCAAAGCCAAACAAUCCAUUCAGAUGGCCUGUCAGAACCUGGUGGACCCUGCCUGCACUCAGUCCCAGGUCCUCUCUGCUGCCACGAUUGUUGCCAAACACACCUCCGCCCUGUGCAAUGCCUGCCGCCUCGCCUCCUCCAAAACAUCAAACCCUGUUGCUAAGCGACAGUUUGUCCAGAGUGCCAAAGAAGUGGCAAACAGCACAGCCAACCUUGUCAAGUCAAUCAAAGCCCUGGAUGGAGCCUUCAACCAGGAGAACAGACAGAAGUGCAAGGCUGCCACAGGGCCACUGAUUGAGGCUGUGGAUAAUCUCACCGCCUUUGCUUCCAACCCAGAGUUUGCCAGUGUGCCUGCACAGAUCAGCCCAGAGGGUCUGGCUGCCAUGGAGCCCAUCGUGGCUGCAGCUAAAACUAUGCUGGAGAGCUCAACAGGUCUGAUCCAGACCGCACGCUCUCUAGCCGUGAACCCCAAAGACCCACCCAAGUGGUCAGUGCUAGCCGGCCACUCCCGGACCGUGUCCGACUCCAUCAAGAAGCUCAUAACCAACAUGAGAGAUAAGGCUCCAGGUCAAAGAGAGUGUGACGAGGCCAUUGAGGUUCUCAACAACUGCAUCCGUGAAGUGGACCAGGCUUCUCUUGCUGCCAUUAGCCAACAACUCACACCCAGAGAUGACAUCUCCCAUGAGGCUCUGCAUGAGCAGAUGGCAGCCUCUGUCCAGGAGAUUAGCCACCUAAUCGACCCAGUGGCCAUUGCAGCUCGUUCCGAUGCCUCCCAGCUAGGGCAUAAGGUUUCUCAGAUGGCGAGCUACUUCGAGCCACUCAUCAUGGCAGCCAUUGGCACUGCAUCAAAAAUCCUGAACAGCCAGCAGCAGAUGAGCGUUCUGGACCAGACAAAGACUCUGGCAGAGUCUGCCUUACAAAUGCUCUAUACAGCCAAAGAAGCAGGCGGCAACCCUAAAGCGGCUCACACCCAGGAAGCCCUAGAAGAGUCUGUGCAGAUGAUGAAGGAGGCUGUUGAUGACCUGGGAGGUACGAUGGCUGAAACAGCCAGUGCAGCAGGAGCUGUAGGAGGCAUGGUGAACUCCAUCACUCAGGCCCUCAACAAAUUGGAGGACCCUGGAGUAGAGCCUGAAGGAACCUUUGUGGAUUACCAGACUACUAUGGUGAAGACAGCCAAGGCUAUUGCAGUCACUGUUCAGGAGAUGGUCACUAAAUCAAACACCAACCCUGAUGAGCUGGGAGGCCUAGCCAAUCAGUUGACCACCGAGUUUGGUGACUUGGCAUCAGAGGCUAAAUGUGCUGCCAUCACUGCUGAGAACGAUGAGAUUGGCUCUCACAUUAAGAAGCAGGUAACAGAGCUAGGAUACAGUUGCACUGGAUUGGUCACCAAGGCAGGAGCUCUCCAGUGCAGUCCCAACGAUUCAAUCACCAAGAAGGAGCUCAUUGAUGCUGCCCGCAAAGUCUCUGAGAAAGUGUCUCAUGUGUUGGCUGCGCUGCAGGCCGGUAAUCGUGGUACCCAGGCUUGUAUCACAGCUGCCAGUGCUGUGGCUGGCAUUAUUGCUGACCUUGACACCACCAUCAUGUUUGCUACAGCGGGUACACUUAACAGGGAGAAUGCAGAAACCUUCGCUGAUCACAGAGAGAACAUCCUGAAGACGGCUAAAGUUCUGGUAGAGGACACCAAGCUGCUGGUGUCUGGAGCAGGAGCCAGUCAGGAGAAGCUGGCGCAAGCUGCCCAGUCCUCAGUCAACACCAUUACCAAACUGGCCGAUGUGGUCAAGCUGGGAGCCGCCAGCCUUGGCUCCGAGGACCCCGAGACACAGGUGGUCCUGAUCAACGCAGUCAAAGAUGUGGCUAAAGCUCUGGGUGACCUCAUAAGAACCACCAAGGCAGCAGCCGGCAAGCCCCAUGAUGACCCGGCCAUGCUCCAGCUGAAGAGCUCUGCUAAGGUGAUGGUUACGAAUGUCACGUCCCUGCUGAAGACGGUGAAGGCUGUGGAGGACGAGGCUACUAAAGGCACACGGGCACUGGAGGCCACCAUUGAGCACAUCAAACAGGAGCUGGCUGUGUUCAGCAGUCCAGAUCCUCCUCCAAAGACAGCUACUCCCGAGGAGUUCAUCCGCAUGACCAAAGGCAUCACGCAGGCCACUGCCAAAGCUGUGGCUGCUGGAAACUCAUGUCGCCAGGAGGACAUCAUCGCUACUGCCAACCUGAGCAGAAGAGCCAUAGCCGAAAUGCUGCACUCAUGCAAGCAAGCGGCUUACCACCCAGAGGUAAACCCAGAGGUGCAGACUCGUGCCCUGCGCUUCGGAAAGGAGUGUGCCAAUGGCUACCUGGGUCUCCUGGAGCAUGUGCUUGUGAUUAUCCAAAAGCCCACUCACGAUCUGAAGCAGCAGCUGGCAACCUUCUCCAAGCGGGUGGCUGGCUCCGUCACUGAGCUCAUCCAGGCAGCUGAAGCCAUGAAAGGCACUGAAUGGGUAGACCCCGAGGAUCCCACCGUCAUUGCAGAGAACGAGCUGCUCGGCGCAGCGGCCGCCAUCGAAGCCGCCGCCAAGAAACUGGAGCAGCUGAAGCCGCGAGCCAAGCCGAAGGAGGCUGAUGAGAGCCUGAACUUUGAGGAGCAGAUUCUGGAGGCAGCCAAGUCCAUUGCUGCGGCCACUAGUGCGCUGGUGAAGGCGGCAUCUGCUGCACAGAGAGAGCUGGUGGCCCAGGGCAAGGUCGGCGCCAUCCCAGCAAAUGCGGUUGAUGAUGGACAGUGGUCUCAGGGUCUCAUUUCAGCUGCUCGCAUGGUGGCUGCAGCAACCAACAACCUGUGUGAGGCAGCGAACUCUGCAGUACAGGGCCAUGCUAGUGAGGAGAAGCUCAUUUCUUCAGCCAAACAGGUGGCUGCCUCCACAGCUCAGCUGCUUGUGGCCUGCAAGGUCAAGGCUGACCAGGACUCACAAACCAUGAAGAGACUGCAGGCUGCUGGCAACGCUGUUAAGAAGGCUUCAGAUAAUCUAGUGAAGGCAGCUCAGAAGGCUGCUUUCGAUGCCCAGGAUGAUCAGGCUGUCAUGGUCAAGAGCAAGAUGGUGGGCGGCAUCGCUCAGAUCAUUGCUGCUCAGGAGGAGAUGUUAAGGAAGGAGAGGGAGCUGGAUGAAGCCAGGAGGAAGCUAGCCCAGAUCCGACAGCAGCAGUAUAAGUUCCUGCCCUCAGAGCUGAGGGAGGACGGCCAUGAGCAGUGAGAAGCUCCUCACACACCCUCAGAAACGCCACUCAGGGCUGCGAGUCCUGAGAGCUUCAUCUAUCCAAGUGUUUAGCUACGAUCGCAGGCUUGCAGGCUUGCUGGGUCAAAAUCCAGGCUAAAUAAUUAAAGCGAUGCAGUGGGUAAAAAGUGAACAAAUGUAUCAGGAUAUCUAUUUUAAGUUGUUUAUUUCUUUAUUUGUCUUUAUUUUUUUCUGAGCAUCACCAUGCCACCGGUUUCUUUUCGGCUUUUUCUUUUCGUUUCGUUUUUUGCACACCGUAUGCAAGUAACUGCGCUUUUAAUAGAGCAAUAUGAUUAGUGUAGUAGUAGAUUAUUUAGAUUUAGUUUGAUGUACCUAAAAUGCAUGGGUCUUCACUUGUUUUUACUGAUCCAAAUUCACUUCACAGGCCUUGGGCUGUGUUGAACUGUAGUGUUUUCUAAGAGCUGAAUGAUUAGAUGUGAGCAGGCGAAUGGCUUCUUGGUCACUGGUCAUUAUGUGGAUAUAUAUAUUAGGGUCUGUCAGAUGACCAAAGCGUGUGGUAAGAGAUAUUUUCACAUCUUCUGUGAGUUAUAUGGGGUGGGGUGGGGGGUGUUUGUGACAUUUAGUCAUUUUUCCAAAGAUGAUGCGUUUUGGUGAUGAAGACCUUCUCCUGGUAAUCUAAAUCAGGAACAGUUGAGUGCAUAUUUGUGCCAAUUGGACCAGCAGUGCAAUGAUUAACCUUGCGUUGAAACAAUUCAGAGAGAAAACAUAUCAUUUUUUAAAAAAAGAAACGAAUAAUAAAGCUAUGAAAAUGUUACAAAUGCUAUCUUCUAUUAAAUUUAUGUUCAUACACGUUUGUCAGUGUUUUGUUGUUUGUAAGAACAGUUACACCUUCUGGUAAUUCUGUCAAACUUCUGUCUGUUAUGGAGUAUAAAAGCCAUAUUUUUCUUUCUCUUUUUUUUCCUUUUUGUCAAAUCAUGAAUUAUUGGUCGCUAUAUGGUGCUAUAAAUGGAUUCCCUUUUUAAUAAUAUUGACAUUAACUGAUUGUCAAGCGCCAAAGUGUCUGUGGUCUAAAUGUUUAUUCAGAUGACUUUCACAGAACAGGAAUAAUUUGAAAAUAGUCUAUGAAAUAAAAUCCUUAUCAGUGUUUGGUAUUUAGAGAAAUAACUCAGAAAUUGAAAUGGCCAUGUUUGAUCAAAACAGUUCUAUUGCAUUCAGUGUGUUGAAAAGUGCCUGCAUAUGUUUUUAUAAGUGUGUAUGCAUAACUGUUAACGUUUUCCAAUUUUAUGUGCACUUCAUUGUCUAACUUAACAAAAUCAUAUAAAUUCACUCUUCUAAGGACA